CACUGAUCGAAAGAGAUUUGAAAUUUAACUAAACGAAAAUCGAAGAGGAGUGCGAACAAUGGCUAGCAAGAAAAGAGCGGACGAAGAGAAGCUUCGCCGGCGGCGCGUGGCACGUUUUCGGUUCAAAGCUCUGGUUCGAUUAGUAAUUUGCAAUAAUUACUGGCUUUCUGACAUCGAUGAACAGGAAAUUGGGGAAAACGCUCGUCGGAAUAUUGCACUGAUUGUACGGCGAAAGGGGAAAAAAGGACUUUUGACACUUCUGGAAAAAGCCAUUCUAAAUCAACGCGCAGAAGAUCGAACCCAGGAGCAAAUUCUCAAGCUCAAUGAAGUGUUUCGUAAGCUGGAAUGUCUCUCUCACUUUCCGGUUAAGGUUCGAGAGCAGCUGGCGGCCUGCGCACGGUACCUUUACUACAGUGCUGGUCGAACCAUAAUUCGUCAGGGACAGCAACCGCUGGCUGUUUAUUUCGUUCUGGACGGAGAAAUCACCGUCAGCAGGCUGCAGUGGGAUCCGAUCUACAAGAAGCAUGUGGAUGUGCUAUACGGGGUUCGCGUGCCAGGGGAAAUGUUCGGUGAGAUUGCCUUUCUUUACGGCUGCCCUCGGACGACUACCUGCGUUUCGGCUACCGACUGCGAGCUACUGUGCGUUCUGCAGGACGAUUUUGAGCGCCUACUAGAGCCAACCCUGAGGCUGCAAUGGAACCAGAUGAUGGAGGCGCUUCGUCGCUUUCAGUACUUUGACCACUGGAGCGAGGAUCAGAUCCGCGAAUGCUGCAUCCUCGCCAAGGUGAACGACUUCAACUCCCAGCAGCAGAUUGCCGUAUGCGGAACGGGUGGAAACUUUGAGUAUGCAUAUUUUGUCCUAAGCGGUCAGUGUAUGAUUCUGCAGUGUUUGAAGGUUAAGAAAAAGAUGAAUGGGCUGCGGGAAUGCUACCGGCUGCUGCCGUCCGAAUCGGACGAACGGCAGCUUCGCGUUGCUGAGCGUUUGAUGCAACGGAAGGACUCGGAUGUGCUGUUGUCGGUGCUGUCCCCUAAAUUGCGGGCUUCCCUGUCCGAAUCCGUUCUCGGGCAGCAAGAUCGUGAGAGUUGUGGUGGUAGUGAAGAUACCGUUCCGGAGGAAUGCGUUGAGCAUCAUUUCAUAGAUGUGGGUUCCUACAGCUGUGGAUCGGUUUUCGGUCUGGGUGAGCGAAUGGAGGAUCGUUCGAUCGUUGCCCGUAACCACGUGCAGUGUAUGUUAAUCCCACGGUAUUGGCUGUUUAUGAAACAUCAGAAUACCGGCAAUGUUUGGCAGCGCAUUAAAAUGUACCUUGAAAUGGCCAUUCCGAGCCGGGAGCAGUUGUUUAAACAAUUUUUGGACGAUUUGAACUGGUUGGCCUAUCGGAAGAAGGUUGUCAAUGAGAUCGUGCAGCGGCGAGGUCGGCAGAAUCAUACCCGGUUGAUCGAUGUGCCCAUCGUGUGCCGGGUGGAGCAGAGUAGGGGACCAAAUUGAUUUGAUUUGUGGUUUACAAGUAUUCACAACGCAGCAAAGAAAAUUAUGCAAUCGGCAAACCGAUUCGCGCAGACACGAACUUUGACUAAUUGUUGUUUAUUUUCGAUGUUUAUAGCUUCUCUCGGGAAACCGUUACGGUGUAGACACAGACACAUACACACACAGACAAGGUGUGCAAAUGAUUUGGACGUUUUUAAAACACUGACUGUGAUGAGCACUCGAGUGUGCCAGCAGAUGCCGCCGCAAAAAGCGAAGUAUGUACAUUCAUGUAAUGGAUAAUAAAUUAUG